UAAACGCAUCCUCUGCUCAGCACUUGAAGGUUAUUUUUCUCCAGAGGGAUACUCAGCUAAUCUCAGAUGAACUUGUGUAGUGGGUUAAAUUUCAUCUGGUCUCCUUUUCCCCAUGCAUACAAUUUUGGCUGGUACUCUUAGGACAUGUACUGUAUAAGAGCAUAAGACUUUGCCUUACUUUCAGUUACCAGCUGUAUGACGUAACGCAAACUCAGCUCUUUUAACCCUGCCAUACGCAGUUCGCACAGUGCCCCAAAUAAAGAAAUACGGUGGUUUCCCACAAUGUUACAGUUUGUUAAAAUUUAAAACAAAAAAGCCAUCAGAUGUCUUGUAAGUGUGCAUGUUAUUGCUCGGCACAUCCACAUUUUAUUACUUCUACCUUGACCGCUCGUCACCAGGAUGACAUAUUUUGUCAUUAGAGCGAGUCACCAAGUUUCCCUAUUAACUCAGUGUCCAAUCCAGGAAGUCUGCUGUUGAUUUCUUCAGACUCUAACUUGUCAAGGAACCCCCCCCCCCAAAUUUCAUUACAGGAAAUCACACGGGUCAAUUGUUUCACAACAGUGUGCCCUGUUUAUUACUGCCAUUACGAGGCUCAAAUGACAUGGGAAGAAUGUUUGAGAGCAAUCUAGAGGACUGGGAAGUCAGCGCAAGGUCAGGUCACAGGGUCAUGGGCUGAUCUGGCUUGGAGCUGGAAUAGGCAAUUACUGUAGUGUUUUUGCGUAGAGGCCAGACAGGAUGUAAGAGAAUUGGAACACACUGGUCCACUAUGCACAGUGGGGCCUACAUGUAAAUGCACAUGUUGUACAUGGACGCGUACAUAUCCAGUCUUGUUUGCCUCUGUGUGUGAGAGAUCUCUGUAAACUGAGUCGGCAGUGCGGUCUAUUUCUACCUCCAUGGUCAUACAGUUCUGCUUAAGAUGGUUGUGCAGUUUUGAUAGAAAUGAAAGAAGCUCAGCAGGUGGACAACGUACAUGUACAUGAACGCCGACGGUAGAUCAGGGCAUCUUGCAAGUCAAGAUCAACUCCCCGGAUUCUGCCUUAGUUGUUGAGGUUCCGUUCGAACCCAGAUCCUCCAGUUUCUUCAUGAACAUCAAAAAGUGUGCAAACGUGUGCGUGGAGAGGAUGAAGCAGAACGUAGCUCCACAGUUCCAGUGGUUGGACAAGUACAGGGCCCAGCUGGUGGCGGCGCUGGGCUCCCCGCAGGACCCGUUCGAGCCAGCCACCUUCUAUGCCACUAUACCGGCCUCCAACACGUCCCCGUCCACCAACCAGCCGGCCCUCGUUGAGCCGUUCCUGGACCCUUUUGCCGAUCUGGCCAGCAGGGGGCAGCCUCGCAGGACUAGCGAGUACGUGAAUGCGGCGGACAGAAACGCGGAUCUCACGACAGUGAUCCCUGCCCCGCACUCUGCCAACACUCUGCCUGCCAUGUCCAGUCGGAACAGUUAUGUCAAUUGUCCCGAGGAUCCAGGAUUUCUGGUAGACCUAGAAGGGAACAUUUUGACACCGCCAACGAUGGUUCACCCAGAACCCCCAAAGGACGGCAUUCCUUCAGCUAGUCCGUGGAAGCAAAGCAAUAACUUGUCGGAGUCAAACAGAAUAUCAACGUCAUCCAGUUCAAGUUCAGAAUCUAAAACUCAGAGCUCUCUGCUUGGCUUUGAGGACGACUUCAAUGACUUCAUUAAAGUUUCUACGUUACAACCGGCCGGUACUUUGUACGAGAAUGCCUCCACGGCUUCAAUUACGAACUCCGGCUCCACUGGAUCAUUGGAACUGUUCACAGACCAGUCUUCAAAAUCUUCUACACUUGUCCCUGCUGACGACACAGACCUAGGCGGCUACGCCACCAUCAAGCCCGUCUUCAAGCCGGCCGGCAUCCGGCCCGAGAUCCUGAAGCGGCGGGAGGCCGAGUACACUUUUCCUCACGAGUUCCGGGUCUUCGUGGGCACCUGGAAUGUCAACGGCCAGACGGCCUCGGAGAGCCUGGCGCCCUGGCUGAACGUGGACGACAGGCCGGCUGACCUGUACGCCAUUGGCUUCCAGGAGCUGGACCUGAGCAAGGAGGCCUUCCUCUUCAACGACUCGGCCCGGGAGGAGGAGUGGAACAAGGCCAUCGAGAAGACGUUACAUCGGGUUGGCUCUUACAUCAAGGUGAAGCUGGUGCGGCUUGUAGGAAUGAUGCUGCUGGUCUUUGCCAAGGAGAGGCACGCGCCUUUCAUCCGCGACGUCAUCGCCGACACCGUGGGCACGGGCAUCAUGGGGAAAAUGGGUAACAAAGGAGGCGUGGCAGUGAGGUUCGAAUUCCACAACACGUCAUUCUGCUUCGUCAACUCUCACCUGGCAGCCCACAUGGAGGAAUACGAGCGGAGGAACCAGGAUUAUAACGACAUUUGCAGCAGAAUGAAGUUUGAGUUGACACCAGAGGGGCAGCCCUUAUCCAUCACCCGCGGUCAUGAAGUGGUCAUCUGGAUGGGGGAUCUCAACUACCGCAUCAGUGACCUGUCGGUGGACGUAGUGAAAGUUCACAUUGACAGCAAAGACUUCAAGACACUCAUGGAGCAUGACCAGCUGUUCAGACAGCACAGAAUAGAGAAAGUAUUCAAAGGGUUCAAGGAAGGAGAGAUCACGUUCCGACCAACCUACAAGUACGACCCCGGCACAGACAACUGGGACACAAGUGAGAAGCAGAGGGUGCCCGCCUGGUGCGAUCGCAUCCUCUUCAAGGGCAAGACAAUCAAACAGCUAGUCUACCGCAGCCACGAUAAGUGCAAGCUGAGUGACCACAAGCCGGUCAGCAGUCUCUUUGAUAUAGAGGUGAAGGUCGUUGAUGAGAAGAAGUUCAAGCAGGUUGUGGAGGAGGAGAUCCGCAAGUUGGACAGGCAAGAGAACGAAGCACUACCUCAAGUCGCCCUCAGUCGGAACGAUCUGAAGUUUAAGGACGUGCGCUACAUGGAACCGCAGAUGCUAACGCUGGACGUCGCCAAUGUCGGCCAGGUCAACACAGUGGCCAAAUUUGUCAACAAACUGGACGACAAGCACUUCUGUAAGGGCUGGUUAAAGGUGGAACCAGUGGAAGUAUUCUUGAUGCCCGGUGACACAGUGGAAUUCUCCAUCGUAGUACAAGUUGACAAGAGCUCCGCGGCUGCCCUAAACUCAGGGGAAGACAAUCUGGAGGACAUACUGGUGUUUCACCUCGACAACGGCAAGGAUUACUACAUCACGGUCAGCGGCAACUACAUCCCCAGCAGCUUUGGCUCCUCCAUCGAAGCCCUGGUGCAGAUGCACGGUCCCAUCGGCGAGAUGACCCCCAAGGAGGUUAGGCGGCUGGAGAUGGGCACGGCCGGACAGGAGGCGGCCAAGGGGGCAGACAUGACCUUCCAGCGCUUUGACAUCCCCAAAGAGAUCUGGAUGAUGGUGGACCACCUCUUCAGGAACGCAACCAAAACGGAGAAUCUGUUUAGUGAGGAGGGGCUCCACAAGGACAUCCUAGCCAUCAGGGAUAGUCUGGAUAUCGGGUACCCGGAAGAAAUGCCCGAUAAUCUGCACUCUGUUGCCGAGGCCCUGCUCAUGUUCCUAGAGUCGCUGAGGGAACCAGUCAUUCCAUACCGCUACUACAACAAGUGCCUGGAGUGUGCCAACAACUUUGUUUUGUGUAAACAGGUUUUAAGUCAAAUCCCAAAGAGCCAUCGCAACGUCUUCAAGUAUCUGGCUGCCUUCAUUCGCGAGCUCCUGAUGAAUAGUGACGAGAACAAACUAGACACCAAGACACUCGCCACCGUCUUCGGGGAAAUUUUCCUGAGAGCACCCCCUAACGAGCGGGAUGCUAACCAGGCACGAGGCCGCGCGAACAUGCAGCAGGUAUCCCGCAAGAGGGCCACGUUCGUCUACCAGUUCAUCAUCAAUGAAUAUGACGAGUGAUUACCAAACUGCCUCAGCAUUAUAUUUGGAACAGCUCAUUCAUCAAAACCAUUCUGAGACUGUGGACCAGUAGAAAGCCUCCGGAAAGAACGAGACACUCUGAUCGAUGGCCACGGAAAUACGGCACAAGUCAGAUUUGUGUCUGUCACUUUUGUAGAGCCAUAUGAUCGCAGGCAGUUUGUCUGGUUGCUUUCACAACAUCCUAGUUGGUCUGAAUUUGCAAAUUAAACAUGAAAUGCAGCGUUGUCAAAUUUAUAAAUGUUUGAAUAGAUGUUUGUUGGAUGAAUUGGUGGUUUUUUUCCCAAGAAAUUUCCAAGGCGGUUAGAAAAGUCUUAAGAUUCAAACAUAUCAUGUUGGUUGUUUGAAAAAAGAGCAAACAGGAAAACAAAUGUUUCUUGUCAGAAACUCAGGCCAGGUCAAAUUUGCUACUUAAACGAUGAGUGUGAGCUGGACCAAAAGAGGGCGCAAUUUUCCUAGCAACAGAGUCUCCUUGGUGGGAACUGCAGUUGCGCUGGUUCACAUAUGAAAUGCAUGCGUUGCGGUCGCGGGGCUACCAACAAAAUGAACACAUGCACUCCCCACCAAAAUGAAUCUUUUCAACCGACGACGGGGUGCUUCUGCUCAAGCUGAAUGGCCAGUUUCUGUAACGAGAUAUGAUUGUCCAGAAAAAACCAGGACUAAUCUGCUACAUCCCUGCGAUGGACGUUGACCGUUCAGAAAGGAUGCAUCAACAGUCUCAUUGACUGCCAGUCGUGGUCACUGAUUGGCCCAUUGUCAGCACAUUCUUGUACCCAGCGUUGUACAUGCACAUGACGGCAAACACCGGCUGGUGUCAUUGGUCACUAUAUAUAUAUAGAGAAGGCCUCUGCAUUGGUCAAGUUGUACUAAAUGAAAUGUACUAAGAAUGAGUUACUCAAUGCACAAUUUAACGUAAUUAAAGCUACACCAGCGUCUGAACUUAAUCUCGCUCUGAUUGGUCGAUGAAGAGAAGCAAUGCCUGUUUGAUUUGGUUAGAUUCUUUUCCCUUUUAUUUGUGUUAAAUUGGGUUUUGAUUUGUUAUUAAUUAAGUGAUGCACAGUUUUGCAUGUGAACCUUACAUCAAUUUUAAUCAGCCUUCAGAUCUUAGGAUUUAAACAUUUUAAAUUUCGAUUUCAGUGAUGGCACUUAAUUGUUCCCAUUCAUUAGAUGCACUUUCUCUCUUCCGUACGUCGUAGGACAGUAAUAUUGCCUCCGACACUUUUUCUGAAUCGCGGUUGGCAGUCGGGAUGAGUUUGGGUUUUUUUUCCCAAGUGAGAAAGGGGAAAAAAUUAGAGAGAUGGUUGGUCAAGAUAAUCCAGAAGUCAAAUUUGAGGAAGACUUGUCCCAACCGUGGGGAGUUUGUUUUCAGCGCGCAGAAGUGCUAACCUCUUCAGCUGAGUCCAUUUCUGCUACCUUCUUUACCUAUUGAGACUUGGUAAUGGUGAACUUUGUCUCAUGUUUACCGCGUUACAUGGUGGCAAAGUCUCGCUAUCUGAAAAAUAUUUUUUAAAAAUUCCAAGACUCGCUUUGUCAAGAGGAGGGAGUCCUCGUAAAUGUUAUUGGAGCAUGGAUUUGAAUAUUGCAUUGAAUCUGACCAGAAUCCAUUACUGUCUAUAUUAAUAUAUGUAUAUGUGCAAAGUGUGUACUGUAUUCUGUAACCUCUAUUGAUGAAUGAAGAACCAUGCCAACACAUCUUCAUGUUGAAAAAAAAAAUUGGUUUUAUUGGUAUUUUUGGAGGGUGGCUUUGCUUGUUCUUGGUUUGGUUGAUUUUGUGUGUUGUUUGUUUUUUAAUUUCAGUUCUUUAUGUUUUUAUGAUGUUUUUAAACGACUGACUAUUUUAGUCAUUGAUCCGUUAUCCUGGAGCUUUUAUUUCAUCCAAAUGCUUGGCUCAGUGGAAACGCCGAAAAUUAACUAGCGUUAACAACAAUAAUUGUAAAUAGGCUAAAAAAUACCAACUCCCUCCUUAUGCCACUGAAUCUCAUUGUCCAUAUUUUAGACAUUUAAACCCUGUGAAAUAUGUGUAUGAAAAUUGGAACAUCAUCUCACUGUAAAAGAAACAAGCACACAAAUUUGUCUGGCCCUCAUCUGUUGGAGCUUAACUCUGAAUCCCUGUUGGCCAAGAAAUAUGUUUAGUAUGUUUCUCACAGAUUCGUUGGUUUUCGAUUGCCUUUCAACCGAAUCAUGACUGUUGCCAUGCAAUGUGUGCUUCACGGCUGUUUGUAAAUAUGCUGCUGAAAAAAAAAUCAAAAUGUUGUAUUUAUAAACAGUACUAGCCUUAUAAAUUUAAUUAUUUUAGAGGUGGUGAUGAAUGGUAUUGAGCAAUACUGAUUGCAUUAAAUUAUGAAAUUCAGACUGA